AAUAAAUGAUAUUUGACAUUUUUAUUUUUCAAAACAAAUGUAAUGUUGGAUGCACUGAAAAUAUGCUUUCUUACAUCUUCCGGUAAGAUGCAUACUCUUCAAUGUUCAUGGAUUCUUUUCCGGUAGGGUGACAAAAUGACUGGCUUCAGUAAUAAGCCAAUAUUAAUUGAUGGCCGUGGCCAUUUACUUGGUCGUUUAGCAGCAAUUAUUGCUAAGACGAUUUUACAAGGCAAUAAAGUAAUUGUUGUUCGUAGUGAACAACUUAAUAUUUCUGGUAAUUUCUUCAGAAACAAGUUAAAAUUUAUGUCCUUUCUACGUAAAAGAUGUAAUGUCAAUCCAGCUCGUGGACCAUUUCAUUUCCGUGCUCCCAGUAAAAUACUUUGGAAAACAGUUCGUGGAAUGAUUCCACAUAAAACACAAAGGGGAAAGGAUGCUCUCAGAAGAUUGAAAGUAUAUGAAGGUUGUCCACCUCCAUAUGAUCGAAGAAAACGUGUUGUAGUACCAGGUGCUAUGAGAGUUAUGUGUCUCAAACCAGGCAGAAAGUACUGUCAUGUAGGCAGAUUAUCUCAUGAAGUUGGAUGGAAAUAUAAGGCUGUGGUACGUACAUUGGAGAAUAAGAGACGUGUUAGAUCAAUUCUUGAAGUUCAAAAGAGAGAUAAACUCAAGGUAAAAAAAUAUUAUAAAAAAUAUUAUAAACAUAAAUAUCAAAAGAACUAUUUCUCAUUUUUUCUUUUUUAUUUUAGAAACUUACUAAACAAGCUGGACAAACAGUUGCAAAGGCUACUGCACCAUAUACAGCAAUUAUUAAUAAUUUUGGAUACAAUUAAUAUAAAAAUUAUAAAAAUAAUAAAGUUCCAUAAACAUUUUAUUUUGAAUUAUUAUUAUAUUUCAAAUUAUCAUAAUUAUAUAUAUUUAAUCCUUUAAUAAUAUAAUAAAAUUAGAAGAAAUUGAAAGCAGGCAACUUAGAAAGUAUUUUUUUAAUAUGAAGAUUUUUAAAAUAUUUGCACGCUUUUUUUAGAAAUCAUGAUCUUAAAUUUGUACAAUGUUUAUAAUAUAUUAAUAAGAUAUAUGUAACAUGUAUUAAGAAUUUACAUAUUGAUCUUAAUAUAUGUAUACAUUAUGUAUACAUAUAAUAUAUGUAUAUGAUAUAUGUAUACUAAUUUUAUAUUGAAAUAUAUAUUUGUGAGAUCAUCGUCA